AUGACCCAUGGAAUCACAGCCCUUAAAGAACACUUUCUUGAUAAUUUUGCGCUUGAAUUUCAGAAAGCCGGUUUCAGUGUCUUAAUCUACGAUAAUCGUGGCUUCGGAGAAAGUGGUGGUCUCAGAUACGAUGCCGAUCCUGUCAAAUUCCAGGAUGACUACAUUGAUGCUUUCGACUACGCCGCGUCUCUUCCACAGGUGGACUCGCAACGCAUUGUCUUUUGGGGAUCAAGUUACUCAGGGGGAGUUGCUAUUACUUCUGCGGCAAUUGAUCGUCGAGUCAAAGCUGUUGUUGUCCAGGUGCCAUUUGUAUCGGCGGAACUAUUAGUAGGCACUGGGCAGCCAUUUCUCGACAUGGUCCAUAAAGAUCGCGCUAAGAUACGCAGCGGAGAAGAAUGGCCUCUUACUCGUGUCGUUGCUUCCACACUUGACGAGGCUGAGGCCGGCACUGCACCCGUCAUACUCCGAGAUACGGCUAGCUUCCGCUUUUUCCAGGAUGCCUCCCAGCAAGGCGGUAAUUGGGAGAAUAAAUUAACAACGAUGUCUCUUUUUAGAUUAGUUCGGUUUGAACCUAUCCGAUAUAUCCAUCGCAUUGCACCCACGCCUCUUUUGAUGGUUGUAGGAGAAAACGAUAAUAGCUUGCUUACCCCCCAGUUGCAAGCAUUUGGAUUAGCUCAUGAACCCAAGCAGCUCCAUUUGCUGAAAAACUGCGGUCAUUUUGACCAAUAUCGCGGUGAUAUUUUUAAGGAGAACAUUGCGGUUCAAAUUGCAUUUAUGAAGAAGCACGUGUAA